UUUUUUUUUUUGAGAACAUCGAUUUCACUGCGAUUUGAUAUCUCGUCUUUCUUGAAACAACGAUAAAAAUCAGAAUUAGGUUAGUAUCGUGUUGUCGCUCAAGUGGAAUUUUUGUCUGCGGUCCACGUACUGUUAAAUGCGUGUGCCAAGUCGUUCGAAUAGACUACUUUAAAAUCCACAUAUAAUUCGCCAUCACGUAUAAUUCAAAUUUUGUUCAAUUUUUAAAAAACUGAUCGUUUGAAAAAACUAAAGCGCUUCAUAAAUUUUUCCAAUUGAAAAGAGAAAGUAUCUCAAUCGUGUUCUUUUUAUCGUACUUAUUUUUACGUUACAAUUUUAAAAAGAUAAAAAUCAACUAAGAAAAAUUAAAAGGAGACGAACCAGAGAAGAAACGAGCAAAAAUGGAAAGAAGAGAAAUGGGAGUUUCUCUCUCGGAUAUGAUAACGAGAAUGAAAGUUGUGAUUUGAAAAUCGUUGCCACAUGAUGAAAUAUUUUCGAAGCCUGUAUAUUAGCGGUAUAUGGUGUCGUAUGGAAGCGACACCAUACCCAAUUCGGUUCCAUUCGAUAAUUUGCGAACCCGCAGUUUCCUCCGGAGCGACACCGUAGCGCCCACAAAAGUCCACCAUGGUGGAGGGGUACCCGGUAGACUCAUAUGAAACCAAACCCACUAUUGGCGGAAGUUGGGAUGGAAGGGACACCAGUCUCAUAUAUGUCCGACCACGCACGCUCCACAACCACUUCGAGCCUGUGACACGCGGUCCAAGGCCACGGUUGACGGUCAAGAUCAAGGAAAAAAAAAAAAAAAGAAAAAAAAGAACUUAGCAACGACGACGAGGGUGGACGGACGUGGUCGUCAGGGAAGCUAUCGCGCGAUUUUCGUGGUGAUAACGUGGUGCUCCUCGAUCGGUGAAGCUCGACGAUUUUUCGGUGAAGAGGCCAGGUAAUCAUGAGGAUAAUCACGCCGAUUUUCUUGCUCCUCGGACUCGCUUUGUACGCCUGUUGCGCGACGACGGAGGAGAACAGUUACGAGGAGGACAGCGUCGGUAUUCUGGAGUGCAUGUUCACGGACAACGCCGGAAAUUGCAUCAGGACAAGACUGGCCCGUGACUUGGACCGGAUCGAAUUGGAAGUUAUUGGGAAGAAGAGCGAACCGUCAAUGAGCGCGGUGGUUGAACAAGCUGGCAACAUCAUCGCGGAGGUCGUCGACGGUCUGCAGGAGGACGGCGCGGAGGAAAUCAGGGGGAGAAUCGAGGAAGACGAUGCUCAGGGUAACAUAGGUGAGAAUCGAAUAACAGUCAACGAUAAUCGUUGCGUGAACAAACAAAGAGAUAAUUUUAAUUUUUUAUAAUUCUUGGGCAUAUUAUAUUUCUUCAAUAAUUAUC